CACAAAACAAGGUCCCCCCCGAUGUUGUCCAGCCUGAUUACGCUAUUGAUGGAGUUCCACGCUCCGAGCAGAAACUUUUUGGCCGGAACAAUAUCAGAAUUCUUACCGAAAAGGAACAAGAUGGAAUGAGGAAGGUAUGCCGUAUGGGAAGAGAGGUCCUGGAUAUCGCAGCCCGUGAGAUUAAAGUGGGCGUGACAACCGAUCAUAUUGAUAAAGUCGUCUAUCAAGCGUGUAUGGAACGAAAGGCAUAUCCCUCGCCCCUGAAUUAUAUGAACUUUCCUAAGUCAGUGUGUACCUCGGUCAACGAAGUCAUUUGCCAUGGCAUUCCCGACCAACGGCCGCUCGAGGACGGAGAUAUCAUCAAUAUCGACAUUUCCAUAUACCAUGGUGGUUUCCAUGCAGAUCUCAACGAAACAUACUACGUAGGAGACAAAUCACUUGCGGAUCCUGACACAGUUCGCGUGGUCGAAACGGCGAGGGAAUGCUUAGACAAGGCUAUCGAAAUUGUGAAACCGGGAAUGUUAUUCCGUGAGCCGGGUAAUGUCAUCGAGAAACACGCAAAGAGUCGGGACUGCAGUGUCGUGAGAACUUAUUGCGGUCAUGGUGUUAACCAGCUCUUCCACACGGCUCCAAGUAUCCCACAUUAUGCGAAAAGUAAGACCGUCGGAUCGGCAAAGCCCGGCAUGUGCUUCACUAUCGAGCCCAUGAUCAAUUUGGGAAGCUAUAGGGAUAAGACGUGGCCGGACAAUUGGACCAGUGUCACCAUAGAUGGAAAGAAAUCGGCUCAGUUUGAGCACACUCUGCUGGUAACAGAGACAGGUGUUGAAAUUCUUACCGCAAGGCAAUCUGAUUCACCAGGUGGACCAGUCUCAAUGCCUUCUAUAUCCGGUGACUAAAGCAUGAAGAUCUAUUGCAUUAUUUUCCGAAACUAGCGACUCCCGUCAUUUUCACUCAAAGAUGUAUCUUGUACUCCGUAGCCCUGAAAGU